AUGAUAUAUACUCUUACACAUGCAAAGCCACUUUUUUCCGGCGACAAGCUCGUCUCCAGCAAGAGAGUGUUUGCUCUUGGCUUCUUCUCCCCAGCAAGCUCCAACACGAUCCUAUACCUUGGUAUAUGGCACAACCAGAUCCCCGAUCGACGCUUUGUGUGGGUCGCCAACCGCGAUAACCCAAUCACUACACCUUCUUCUGCCAUGCUCGCCAUCACAGACAGUUCUGACUUGAGGUUGUCGGGGCCCCAAAGCAUCACUUCAUGGACGGCGAAGAUUAAUAUCACCUCUGGGGGAGGUGGAGUUGUUGCAGUGCUGCUGGACACAGGUAACUUUGUCCCCCACUUUGCAAACGGCACAUAUAUUUGGCAAAGCUUCGAUCGUCCAACCGAUACCAUCCUAUCAACCAUGAAGUUUCUUGUGAGCCACAAGGGACAAGUAGUUGGGCGCCUCAAUGCUUGGAAGGGCCCGAAUGACCCAUCAUCCGGGAACUUCUCCUACAGCGGUGCCCCAGCCUCCCCGGAUCUUCAAAUGCUCAUUCGGCAUGGGACCAGACCGUACUACCGAGGUGUAUGGAAUGGUCGAACAGUGUCCGUGUGA